UCGUUUUUCGGCCAUUAUAUGUGAUUAUUGUCAUUCAUAUCAAUCCACCACCACACUCGUCAUUGUCUCUGCAGAUUGCAACGCAUCCACCGAAAAAAUACACGCGCUAUUAUGUCUGGCUUCGUCCUCGGCACGGGUUCCGGCGUCCUUACAGCUGCUGCUGUUUACUACACCCUUUCUGCGCAUUUGACGCAGACUACCGCCUCGUUGCGGUCUGACCUUCACUCUUCUUCGAAUCUCUUGAACGCUUCGUUUGAUCCCACUAUUCCUCCAGCCCAAGCCGCUCUCAUCGGUCCUUCGUCAACUUCACCUCCCCCACCUUCUUUUUCUCAGGUGCUUCGGCAACGGUGGAACGACACCCUUGUGUCGUUCAUUGGGAAUGUCCGACAGUCUGAUUGGGAGCUUAUUGGCAAAGAGGUUGUGGAAGUCGGUCGCAGCGUGGUUGACCGUUUAGGCGAGAACGGUUCGACUGGUCAGAUGGUCCAGAAGGGAGAAGAACUCGCAGAUGCCUUGAACGAGAGGGCGUCAACAAUCAUUGAUCAAUUCAAGGGUGUUGGGACAUCUGUGGACAAUGGAGCGGAAAGUAUUAAGAAAGCAGCUGAGGGGAUCGACUUGCACAAGGAUAACGUUGGAAUUGUCGGCGGUCCGCGAGAAGAGAUGAAGAAAAGGGUCACAGAAGCCAAGGGGAGGUUGGUCUGAGAGACCGCGAUGAACAGUAGACAUUCUAUUUUUACAAUAACCUUCAAAGGCGCAAAUGCAAAAACAAAACAAAAAAGGCAGAAAGCGGAACUGUACUUCUUUUACCAGCCACGCUACCAUUGAGAAUCCAUGAUAGCAGAAUACAUAACUCGUUAAACA